AAAAUAUAUAUAUCCUCGCUUUCCUUCCCGUCGCCGCCUGAAACCGCUGCGCUCUCGGCUUGGAUAGCAAGGGUCUCAGUCUCUCAGAGGGAGCAAGAAGAGGAUCUGAGGGUGAGAUGGCGAUCGACCACGAGUCCCCGUUCAAGGAGCUCCGCCUCAAGAACCGAAGGAUCAUGGGCGGCGGCGGCCCUGACCCUGAGCCGGAGGAGGAGGAGGAGGAGGGCGUCACGGCGGCGUACGCGGAGCGGUGGCCGCGGUGGCUGCAGCCGCUGCUGUCCGCGCGCUUCUUCGCGCAGUGCAGGACGCACAGCGACUCCAACCGCAGCGGCGAAUGCAACAUGUUCUGCCUGGACUGCUCGGCCGCCGGGGGCACGGGCACGGGCGCGGGCGCGCUCUGCUCGCUGUGCCUGGCGCAGCACGGGCACCGCGACCACCACACCAUCCAGAUCCGGCGCUCCUCCUACCACGACGUCAUCCGCGUCUCGGACAUCCAGCGCUUCAUGGACAUCGCCGGCGUGCAGACCUACGUCAUCAACAGCGCCCGCGUCGUCUUCCUCAACGAGCGGCCGCAGCAGCAGAAGCCGGGUGGCGGCAAGGCCGCGUCGUCGUCGUCGGCCUCCGCCAACCUCUGCGAGGUCUGCGCCCGCAGCCUCCUCGACAACUUCCGCUUCUGCUCCCUCGGCUGCAAGGUCGUCGGCUGCUCCCCCGACGCCGCCAAGGCCAGGAACUGGCUCCUCCGGGCCGCCGACGGCGACGGUUCCACCACAUCCUCCUCGGCCCCGCGCAACGCCGACAGGAAGCUGAGCUUCACGCCGCCCACGCCGCAGCCGACCCUGCCGACGAAGCGCCGCAAGGGCAUCCCGCACCGCGCCCCGUUCGGCAGCCUCAUCGUCGAGUACUAGAAUCUCCUUCUCCCCCAGCCAUCGCUGUCCACGUCCGUUGCUUCUGCAUUGGCAGUUGGCACUACACGCGCGCGGUAGAGUGGAAGUACUCUUCAAACGACGGAAUGGAAUCGCACAGUGAGCCAGUGAAUCCAGAUUACAGGCAAGCCAAUAGGUUGGCCACCACUUGGGUGGCCUGGCCCGCCUUUCUUUGCCACGGCACUUCGGUUGGUGGGUGCUUAUCGAGGUGGAUGCCAUUUGCUCGCUGGCUUCGCUUUCCAGAAAGGGGAGGGAGGAGAAAGGAAGGUGGAUGGAUUGGAUCGGACAUCGGAGGAAGAAUCAAAACCAGCUUUUCAUCACUGUUCACGAGAUAUAUGUUUCUUUCUGUCUGAGAAAUACAUGUAAAUUUUA